UACCACAAUCGUUGAUUAGGACUGUAGGUGUGUCAAUACUCCUAGAUCGCUUCCAUUCGUAAUGUUUAUUCUGUGUCCAGCUGACGUGUGCAUCAAUCACUUCAUCAGUUUUUCAUAUUGUAUCAUGAAAAUUUCAAUCUGAAACUGCACUUCAUGCGUAUUAUGUUGUACUGUAAUUUCUGAUCGGGCGUCUGUGGCUCAAUGUAAUUACAACGUAAUUAUAGAUAUUAUUACUUAUUUUGACAUCAAAUUUCUUGUGUUUUGUUCAGUAUAGAGAACUAGGGAAGAGACUUUAUUUUAUGAUGUAGAUAAGAUAUACUCUCAAAAAUUCCUAAUUUUAAGGUUAAUCUGAAGUUGAUGCUUCGUUUUUUAGUAUUAAAAUUUUAUUUCUGCAAAGUGUAAUGCAAAGUAUAAAUCGUUGUAACUAGCAAAAUGGCUGAGAGUAAGAACCAAGAGGAUAAGGAAGAAGAAGUAGGUGGUAGUGGAUACAUUUCCACAAGCGCACAACGAACUGAAUAUUUUAGUAAAUUAGAAAGUUGGCUCUUAGAGGCAUAUGCGUGGCACAGUUUUGUUGCCACUGUUCCAUAUCUUCUCGCAUCUAGUCAAAUAGUCCAUGGUGCUACUCCAAUUGGAACUUCUAGUAUUGGUGCAGGUUUAGUAAAUGCAAAUAUUAGUAGUAGUAAUGAGCAAAGAAAUGAUGAAGAGCUACACCAAAGGAGAAUUAAUGUACCUACUAUUAAUCAAUUUCAAGUACCUGGUGCUACUGGUAUCACUUAUCGGAUUCCACCACUCUGGAAAAGAUUUGUAGCAGAAUUUAUAGAUUCCAUGUUGUUAGUUGUACUGAAGUUAUCCAUAACGUUUAUUGCUGUGGAUGUAUUUGACUUUAUAGACAUCGAACGUUACUCUUUGGAUAUGAUUCAGAGUAAUCUAAGGAUAGACUAUAAAAUGGCUUUAGAAUUGACAUCUGGACUGUUAAUUCUGGAACUGAUUCAUAGAAUAUUCGUUUGUAUAUUUGAGGCCAAUUGGUUACAACAUGGAAGAAACGGCCGUAUAGGAGGAGCAACACCUGGAAAAUCUUUGAUGCGUCUAAAAGUUGUUCAAUGCCGCAAUGUCACACCAGUUGGUCGACCAGAUGAGGAAUUAGUCUUAGUUGUUCCUGGAACUGAUCUUGGCUUGUUGCCAGCUCUGGGAAGAUCAGUGCUCAAAAAUCUGAUCCUAGCUUUUCUUUUUCCCAUUUGUUUUGCUCUAUUUUUUUUUAGAUUUAAUCGAACUGGUUAUGACUUAGUUUGUAAUUCUAUUGUUGUUGAGGAUGCACAUAGGAAUGGAAAUAAUAAUAUGAAUAACAACAAUAACAAUAACAAUUUCAAUAACAACAAUAUCAAUAACGAAAGAAUCCCCCAAUAGUAAAAGUCAUUUUGCCAAAGGUUUGGUGCUCAGUGUAUAUAAAUCUGUAAUAUAAGAGAUAAUGUCUGUGAACGAAUGAAUAUGGUGAUCAACAUUAUGUUCAUAUAGAACUGUGAGACUAGAUAAAUUUAUAAAUACCUACUAUUACUACUAUUAUAAUUUUGCUCCAUAUCUAAGGAUCACUUCUCUUUCAGUCUAUCCACUACUGUACUUUUCGUAAGCUAUUAUAUUCAUAAUUAGGGUAUUUAGAAUGUAAGGUAAACUCAUUAUCAUGAGAAAGUGGAAAUGUAGUCGGAGGAACAAUUUUGUUUUUCACACAUCAAAAUGUUUUAUGAAAUCAAAUUACAGUUAUUUUUUCUAUUAAAAGAAAUAAAUAAAAGUC